AUGUUGACUCUGCUGUGUUUCAGUGGUUCCUGGAUGCGCAACAUUCCCAUCAACGGCCCACUGCUACGAGAGAAAGCUUGCCAUUUUGCAGCAAUGCUUGAAGUGGAAAAUUUUCAAGGAAGCAUUGGUUGGUUGAAUCGCUUCAGAGACAGAUAUGGUGUAGUUGCGAAAGUAAUUUGCGGAGAAGCAAGUGAUGCACCUGCCCAAUCAAUAAGUGAAUGGAGGUCUGGCGAAAUAGCCGCUUUAAUAGAAAACUACAGUCCAGACAAUGCAGAUGAAGCUGAUUUUGUUCGUGCGGAGUACUUCCCGCCUAACUGCACCUCCGUUCUUCAACCACUUGAUCAAGGCAUUAUCAGAGCUGUCAAGGCUCGCUACCGAUCACUUUUGUUAAGGCACAUUCCUUUGGGCAUCGAAAAUGACAGUGGAAGAAAGCCGAACGUCAAAGAAGCCAUAGAGAUGAUUGCUGGAUCGUGGAACGAAAUUAGCGAAAAUACAAUUGUCAAUUGUUGGCGUCAUGCGCAGCUAUGCGAGGGAGAUGAGAAUUCCGUAGAAGCUGACCAAUCCAAUUUAAAGGAUCUAUGGAGCACUGUCAAGGCUCGUACUUCUGUCCCCGAUGACGUCCGACUGGACGAUUUUAUAACAGCAGAUGAUGGUUUAAUGACCUGUGCCGAAAUUACUGACCAGGAAAUCAUCAAUUCCAUUAAAAACUCUAAAUUAAAUGGUGAACUAAGUGAAGAAAGUGAGAAUGAAGAUACAGCGUGUGCUGACCCAAACGUCACCGCAACUCAGACUAUUGAAUUCCUUUCAAAAUGUGACGAUGAAGCAACAUCCUGCCGCCAUUCGAGUCUCGGAUGCCUUCCCGUCUUCAUCGGCCUCCGGCUCGGACAUUCCCUGUUCCCGACCGAUGAGUUCCGACAAGAACGAGACUGCGGUCUCUGGAUGGGAUUGCUGGGCUGUCUCGCCGAGCUUCGAGAGCAGUUGCGGGAACUCUCCGAGAAGAUUGCGCUCGAGAUGGAGGAACUGAAAACGGCUCACGGCAAGGCCCAGCCUGACCUUGAAAUCCCCUGCCCCAGAUGCGGGGAAUCGGAGGCAAAAUUACGAUCCCAGGCCACGAAUGCAGGCCUCCAAGAAGGGGAGACUGGCAAGCAACUGCAGGGGAGUGGCCGAGGAGCAGAUGGGGAGCUGCCAUCGACGUCCAAGCGUCAAUCCCCAGAUGGCGAAGGACAACCUCCCAAGAGACGCCGGCCGGAGGACGGAGGUGCGUCGGAGACGGACAAGUACGGGCGGACCGCGUUGCAUCGUGCAGCAAGGAGCGGAGACACGGAGGAGAUCAGGGAGCUGCUGGACGGAGGAUGGAACACGAGGGCGAGGGAUGAUGAUGGAAUGACGCCCCUCCACCUGGCCCUGUUGUGUGGGAAGGAGGCCGCGGCAGAGCUGCUGGCGGACGCCGACUGCCUCACGGAUGUCGUGGAUUACGACGGGAGCACCCCUCUGCAUGUCGCUGCACGGAGUGAGUUCGUGAAUGUCGUCCGUAUCCUGCUUGCGGGGGGAGCAGACGCAAGUGCGAAAGACGGAGAUGGAUGGACGCCCCUCCAUUGGGCCGUGAUCAGGGGGAAGGAGGCCGUGGCGGAGGUGCUGCUGGAGGCCGCACCCGAAUGCGACGUGCCGAACAUUAUUGGCCGCACCCCCCUGCACUACGCUGCGAGAGAAGGUCUCGCAAAUGUAGCGAGAGCCUUGGUGUCGAGGGGUGCGCGUCUGCAGGCCGAAGAUAUAGGUGGACGCUGUCCCCUGUACUAUGCCCUGUGGUGGGGAAAAGACGAUGUGGCGAGGGUGCUCCUGGCGACGUACGCCAGGAGGUUCAUCGAGAUACAUUGGGAGGAGAUGGAACUCCCGAAGGAGGACGAGGAGCGCGGCGUCCUUCUGCUCUCCGAGUGCGAGGCCGAGAUGAGGGAGGCCCGGGUGGAGGGUGCCGCCUCUUCCUCCGCGACCUCGCCCGCCGACCCCCCUCCCGCCUGGCCCGGCGGCUCUCGGACCGGGACCUCCUGGCGCGGGACUUCCCGCUCUUCGGCGACCUCCUGCUGGGGGAGGUCCGGGAGAGGAGGGCCCUGGAGGACCGCUUCCUGCAGAGCGUUCCCCUCCUCUGCCCCCCACCUGCUCCGACGUCCUCCUCGCGUGCCUGGCGGACGACGACCUGAGGCACUUCGCCCGGGCCGCGGAGCUCUAGUUCCCGAGAUUCCGUUCGGGUGUUCGCGAUGGGGAAAAGGAAAUAAUGAUCACAGGACUUGA